GGCUACGGAAUGCACAAGUGAUGUACCAAGUUCUUGAACAUUCCGAGAAGCAUCUUACGAAGAAAAAGAGGGUAGAACCAAGAUGCACCGGACAACAAUGGGUAUUUGAUAACUUGGGCAGCUCGAAGGAUUGUUAUGACAUGUUUAGGAUGCAUAGGCCAUGUUUUGAUUCUUUGCAUGACACUUUGGUUGAAAAAUAUGGUCUCAAGGGGUCAAACCGCAUGUGUUCCGAGGAGGCACUUGGAAUGUUUCUGUGGACUCUUGGUAGUCCACAAUCCGUGACUCAAGUUCAAAAUCGAUUCAAGAGAUCCAGGGAGACAAUCAAUAGGAAGUUUGCGGAGGUUCUAUAUUGUGUGAAUCAGUUAGCGGGAGAUAUCAUCAAGCCUAUUGAUCCACAGUUCCCAAUAGUGCAUGAGAGGCUACGGGAUUCUAGAUUCACACCUCAUUUCAAUGGUGCAAUUGGUGCAAUUGAUGGGACACACAUACCAGUUAUUGUGCCAGCGGUUCAUAUAGUCAACCAUGUUGGUCGCCUUGGAUAUCCAACACAAAAUGUUAUGGCUGUUUGUGAUUUUGACUUGAGGUUUACCUCCAUUGUUGCCGGAUGGCCAGGUUCCGUACACGACACAAGGAUAUUCAAAGAUACUUUGCUUAAGUUCGAAGCAAAUUUUCCUCAUCCUCCUCCAGGAAGAUACUAUCUAGUUGAUUCGGGUUAUCCCAAUCAAGAUGGUUAUCUUUCACCAUAUACAGGAACCAAGUACCAUCUACCCGAGUUUCGACUAGCUGGACCGCCAUCUGGGAAGCAAGAAAUAUUCAACCAUGCUCAUUCAUCUCUUCGAAAUGCUAUUGAGAGAGCAUUUGGGGUAUUGAAGCAGAAAUGGCGUAUCUUACAUGGUAUAUCAAGUUAUCCAAUAGAGAAGCAGACAGAGAUUAUCAUUGCAUGUCUAGCACUCCAUAACUUCAUUCGUGAUAGUCAAUUGUUUGAUCUACACUUCUAUAGAUGCGAUAUUGAUGAGAACUACAUGCCUCCGGGGCAUGUUAGUUCCACAUCCGGAGGCAAUGUAGGCGACAAUUUAGGAGGGGAUCAUGUUACCAUGAACAACACUCGUGACAACAUAGCUAAUGCUUUGUUCGCAGCAAGUGGAGGUGUCUAGACAUUAGAACACUUCUAUCUCUUUUGGGUACAUGUGAAGAAGUGAACAACUUGUUUCUCUUUUGGGUUGAUGAGACGUGUCUUGUAAUAUAAAUGUCACAACACUCUCGUAUUAUCUUUAAUAUAUGUAAUGUUUUAUAUUUAAUAUGAACAAGUAUCGUAAAACAGUCGGAAA